AUAUGCAUGUAUGUGUGUGUACUUUGUAUCAAUAUAUUCAACUCCUUUGUUGAUAAUUAAGAAGAAAAACCCACUUUUUUUCUUCCCAAUUUCACUCACAAUGAAUGGUACAGUGUUGGAUUCAGAAUGCAAUAGUGGGUGUGAGUCUGGUUGGACUCUGUAUUUGGAACACUCUUUUCUUUCUUCACAUAAAGCGAAUAAUGGAUCAUAUGUUAAUCAUGAAGAAAAGAAAGCAGCAAAAGAUGAGGAGGAUGAGGAAGAGGACUUGUCUAUGGUGUCUGAUGCAUCUUCUGGUCCUCCACAUUUUCAUGAAGAGGGAGAUUAUGGGAGUUACUAUAAUGGGUGUUUUAAUUAUAAUGCACCCAUUGAUCAUGUCACGUUGCCAAAGAAUAGUGGAAGAAUUAGGCAGAAAAUAGUCAAAGAAGAUCGGCGUCGAAAGGCUCAUGAUCAAGAACAGCCUUCUUUCCUCGAUGACACUGCUAGUUCUCCCAUCUUCAACUUGUCCAAUAACAAUUUCACACUCAACAACAAUCAAGCUCCAAUGGAGAAUAUCUUGGAGUUCUCACAAGGUCACUCUGCAACUCAUUUUGAGGGUAGAUCUGCAUUCCAAGGUCAUUUUGGAUUCUUCCAGUCUGGAAACCAACAGCAGCAAAACCAAUGGUUUGAAGGGAAGAGGUGGGGAUGAGGUUGAGGUUAAUUGUAUCCAACAGUACUGCUUUGCUGCUGCUGCUGCUGUUGUACAAGUUGCUUAGAGAGAGAAUAGGAGGAGGUAGUAGGAGGGUUAAUGUCAAAUCAAAAGGAAUUGAAUCUCAAAAAAUAUUUUGCUCCUUUUCUUUUUAUUUUUAUUUCCUGUCAAUGAAGUGGGAAACAACCAGAGAGCAAAAGUGGGAAAUAAAUUUCCUGUUUUUUUUUUUUUUUCAGAAUUUAAAUCCUUUGUCAAUGAACAGUGGUUACAUAUGAGCUGUGAAUCUUUUGGGCAGUCUCUGUGCAACCAUGCCCAACCCUUGUUAUUCA